UAUUUGCUAUUUUCUAAUGCAUUCUCUACACUAAAUUUCCCCAUAACAUUCCCUCAUGGGCCUCUGGGUCCCCCGACCUCAGAUUGAAACUGGAUGUCCAACAGUGGAGCCCAAACUGCAAUAUCAAAUCCGAACGCACAGAUGGCGCUGUUUCAGCGGUUUCAUCUUUUCAUGCCGCGUGGAGUCCGAGCAGCGUAAAUACAUCCCUUCCGUAUUUCCAUUCUAAAUUAUUCCACGUUGACAAACACUCAGUUUUUGUAGCACACUGUGUGUGUUGUUAUUGUUAACCGCAAGAUGGAUUUCACAAUCCGGGCCGCCACGCUUGAGGACUGUAAGGACAUCUCUCGGAUGAUACUGGAAUUGGCAGAGUUUGAAAAAGUUUCUGACCAUGUCAAGAUCACACAAAGAGAUCUGGAGCAGGAUGGAUUUUCCAAAAACCCUUUUUUCCAUGGAAUUAUUGCUGAAGUACCAGAACACUUAAAGUCCAGAGAGGGUCACACCAAAGUCGGUUACUCUCUGUACUUCUACAUGUACAGCUCAUGGAAAGGUCGAGCUGUGUACAUGGAGGAUCUGUAUGUGAUGCCAGAGUUCAGAGGCAAGGGCAUUGGCAAGGCUCUGAUGGCCAAAGUUUCCCAGCUUGGUCUGGCUGCUGGUUGCACUCAGCUCAACUUCACUGUGCUGGACUGGAAUAAGUCAUCUCUGGACUUCUACCUGAAGCAGGGCUGCUGGGACGUGACCUCUGAACUGGGCUAUCACUGCAUGCGCUGUGAGGGUGAAGCUCUUCAACACUUGGCACAGGGAGAGCUUUAAAUGAUCAAACACAGAUUUCAUUCUCAACUCCAGCCAGUUACACAUUACUUGAGAAGCACAGGAAGACAGUAAAAUAAGCUGACAAUUAAAAUGGGCAAAAUGAAAGAAAUAAACACGCUCAUGACCUAGUUAGAUUUUAAAUACACAUUACUGAAGGGGUAGUUCACCCAAAAUGAAAAUUGUAUGGUAAUGUUGAUGUUUUUCUUGAUUUUUCCUGUAAAACUUUAUUUAAAGGUGACCUAUUAUUCAAAAAUCACAUUUAUUAGAGGUUUAAACAGUUUUGUAGCAGUAGUGUGUGAAAAUAACCAGCUUCUAAUGGUAAAAAUGUAUUAAGUUUAUUUUUUAUAGUCACAUUUCAUAUAAACAGUCUGCAGAAACACUUUGAUUGACAUUCUCCCUUUAUAAGUGUCAUCGCUGUGGAAAGCCUCGCCCGUUAGUGAUGAUCUCUCUUUUUAAUUGGCAUAGAAUGAUAGUCUUGUUUUUGAAUCUGCCACUAUGCUGCCACAUAGACAUUUGCAGCUCCACCCCCCACAGCACAUCUCAUUUGAAUUUAAAGUGACAGUCACCAAAAUGACACAAUUAGGAUCAAAGCCUAAAAGGGGCAGUUCCAUAGAGUUAAUAAAUAAAACAUUAUUUGUGGCACAUUUUGAGCUCAAAGUUCACAUUCACACUUAGAAACUUAUUUUACAUCGCGUAAAAAAGGCAUAAAAGGUCCUCUUUAAAAUUUUCUCCAACAUAUUACUUUGGCUGUACUUCUUUUUAGACUGUGAUUUUGAGUUUUUUGUAAUUAGUUCCAGUUAUGGCUAAUAUAUAUGCACAAAUAUAUUAUUGUAAAGCCUCCUGUUGAACAUAUUAGUUUAAAAGAGAGAUUUUUGAGGGCUGUACCCCAAAGUUUUAGGCUGCGUAUUCACUGAAGUGUUUUUGCGCUUCAGAAACAGAAGCGCUCAGCUAUGGGUGUUUCUCCAACUGUUUUAAAACUUUUUUUAAAAUGCUGAGCACACACACUGCUAAGCAUAAUAGAGAUGCUCAGCACCUGGAUACACUGCCAGCAUUUUAAAAACAUGGUAAUUCCAUUAACAACAACAAAAGAAAAACAGCUCAGCUCAGGAAAAACGCUUUGGUAGAGAUGUACUCUUAAGAAGCAAAACAAUCAGUCUGUGCUGGAAACAUUGACUACAUUUAUAUGGACAUCAGUAAUUGAAUUGUUUGCCUUAAUCUGAAUAAGACAAUAAUAUGAUUAAGGUGUUUACAUGAGUUGCUCUUUGAAUGUUUCUUUUAUGAUCCCAUUUUACAUGUUAUAGCGCAUAAUUUGAUUAACGUCAUUGCGUCACCAUGUGUUUCAUUCUUAAUUUGUCGACUAUAACUGCAGUUUGGCACUUUCAUUCAAGAACAUUUCAUGCAUGCCCCCGUGACAAAUGAGAUAUUGGAUGAGAGUAUGAACUGCUGGAAGUAUGAAUAACUGUUUUAUUUAAAUGCAAUUUGAUACCGCACACCGUAAGGCAAAAAAAACUCUUCAUUUCAUGUCAAACAGCCGUGUGUAUAGACUGUGCUGUUGCAAAAUUCAGUGAAAAUCCUACACGAUGGUAAUAGUUUGAUUGCAAUGUUUACAUGUCUGUGCUGCACUUCAAUAAUGCAACUAAAAUCGGCAUACUCUGCAUGUCUUAAUCCAAUUUCUGUUUAGUUCGUUUAUGACUUUAGUUGGAUGAAAUUAAUCAAAAAUUGCUAAUUACAUGGUAGACUCUUAAUCAAAGUAUUGUCUUAAUCACAUUAGAAUCAUUGAUGUUCAUGUAAACAUACCCAAUGUAUACAAAUCGAUUACCAAUUGCAUAAAAUAGUUGUAUUAUAUCAUUACACUGCAAAAAAUGCUUUUCCUACUUAGAUUUGUCUUGUUUCUAGUACAUAUAUCU